AUGUUAAAGCUGCCCGAUCCCCAGAUCCUGGCCUUCCGCGACGCCCGGCCCUGGGCAAAUCCCGCCCUGCAUGCCGUGCGGGAGCGUCAGGAGGUCCAGCUGGCCGAGCUCCGGGCCAUGACCUUCCGCCUCCGUGGAGAGAAGGACGAGAAGGACCGGGAAAUUGGUGUGCUGAGGUCCCAGGCCCGCCAGGUGCAGCAGCAGCUGGAGGAAGCUCGGGCCCAGCUGGGCAAGCAGGCGUCGACCAUUCAGCGGCUGGAAGCCGCCGCCAAGGCCGACCGCAGGGUGCACAGGGAGGCCAGGGCCCCGGAGGACGGGCGGCUGCGGGGCUCCGGCGACGCACGGCCCUCCUCAUACCCUGCCUCGCCCGAGCAGGCGAGGGGCCCCACGCAUGAGGUCCUCGCGCUGCGCCGGGCCCUGGAGGUCGCUGCGCAGCAGCUCACCCGCUGCGCAGGGUCGCAGAUAGGCAGCUCUCUGCUCAAGGCGGUAGCCGAGAUCCAGGAGGAGGCGGGGCACCUGCGCGCGAAAGUGGACGACCUGGCGUUGACCAACGCCGCGCUUUCCUCCAGCCUCGAGUCGGAACGCGGCGCGGCGCAGGACGCGCGCGCACACCUGUCGGAGGCGGAGGCGGCGCUGGUCGCCGCCCGGGCGCGGUGCCAGUCCCUCGAGGCCGAGCUAAGGGAGCGCAGGGGCCAACUGGCGGCGCAGCCAGCGGAGCGGCGGGGCGCCAUUGGCCACAUCUCCCACCGCCUGUCGGCCGCGCAGCGCGAGGAGACGGAUGGCCUGCGCCUGCGCUGCCAGGAGCUGGAGAAGUCGGCCAAGAUGGAGCGGGCCGCCUGCCGCGCCGCACGACGCCAGGUGGAGGACCUGCAGGCACACAUCCGCGCCAUGGACCAGCAGGCCUCGGUGGCGGCGGCCGCCGCGGCGCAGGAGCACGCUCGGCAUGCCCAGGGCGCCAGGCCGUCCCCCACCCGGCGCCGCCCGCCCAUAAGGCUGUCGCGGGAGGGCCUGUACGAGGCCACAGACCGCGGCCGGCUCGGCAAUGGAGGCGGCGGGGAGGGGCGGGGCCGGGCCGCCAGCGCGGCCUCCUCCCUGGCCGAGGAGGCGGCGCCGGGCCCCGCGGCGCAGGAGCCGCCCCCCUUGCGCUGGCCCCAGGUGGCUCGGCGGGGGCCCUGCAGCCCGCCGACCCAGCCCCGUGGGCCGCGGGGGGCCGAGGAAGUGACGGCGCGGAACGUGGGCCGACCGGGCACCCCGCCCGCCCAGCGCCGGCCGCCGCUCGACGAGGAGAUCGCGGCCAUCGAGCGGGAGCUGGCAGAGUACCGCCUGAGCCGCUCGUGGGGCGGCCGCGGGUCGGGCACGGGUGGCGACGUCCGCGGCGGGAGUCUCCUGCCGGGAGGAACGGCGCAUGCGCACGGGGCGGGCUGGCCCAGCCUGGCGGAGUCCCCUGCCCAAGGUGCCGGCCGUGGCGAGGAGGCGGCGCCGCGCGACGCUGCCGCGACCAGGGCGCCGAGCGACGCGGUGGCCGCCUCGGCAGACUUCUUCGCCGGAGACCUGGCGGCAUGGAAGGCCCCGCCGGCGCCUUUGACCACCCCGCGCCGCAAGUCGCUGCCCCUCAUCGACCUCUCCACGCCCGGUGAGGGCCCCGGAAGAGGGGUAGGGGGGGACGACGUCGAGCUUGGGGCCUGGGGCUCAGCGCCAGGGUGCAGCCCCGCGCCGUGUGGCGAGACGGCCCCCGGCAAGACUCUCGCGCCCUCACGUCCUGCCCCUCGCCCCGUGCUCCACGGACCCACCCCACCGCCGCCUCCCCAUGCAGACGCUCCGCCUGCGGCCGCUGUCCAGUGGCAGCAAAACCCCCUGGCCGUCCCCAGCCCCAAGAUCGACCUGGCGAGCGCCAGACCUGCCCCCGGCCCGCCCUCGGCACGGGCCCCAUCCGGGAAGCCGGCGCCCUCCCCGCGCCAGCCCCUCGCGCCGCAGCAGCCAAACGCCGCCGACCCCGCGCCGGCGGCGCGGCAGAGCCUGGCGACCGCCGCCUGGACCGCCGCGUUGCGCACCGCCAGCGGCUCCACGGACUGGCUCAACGCAGCCUUCGAGCCGGACAUCGACCAGCUGCACGGCCCCGAGUCGGCACGCGGCGGCCGAGGGGGAGCACUGACGCUGCCCAGCCCCUAUGGCGCAGAGGGGCCGCUGCCGGCGCUGCCCGGCCCGCGCGGCGCGAGCCAGCCGCUGCCGACCGACCUGCUGGAGCUGGCCGCGCUGGCGCUGCCCGAUCUGUAG